AUGUCAUCACUUGAUCAGCAUCUGGAUACACUUAAUAAAUGUCAGACAAUCAAGGAAAGCGACGUUAAAGCCCUUUGUACUCGUGCAAAGCAGAUAUUGGAUUCAGAAGGAAACGUCCAUAAAAUUCCUGCGCCAUGUACCAUUGUGGGCGACAUACAUGGACAGUUUUACGACCUUUUAGAACUCUUUCGUGUAGGAGGCGAUGUCCCUGACACAAACUACGUUUUCAUGGGCGACUUCGUUGAUCGUGGGUAUCACAGUGUGGAGUCUUUUCUUCUUUUGUUGGUAUUGAAGAUCAAGUAUCCUAACCGCGUAGCACUUGUGCGUGGAAAUCAUGAAUCUCGCCAAAUUACUCAGGUGUAUGGCUUCUAUGAUGAGUGCCUUCGGAAGUACGGUAGUGUGAACGUAUGGCGGUAUUGCACAGAUGUGUUUGACCUCCUUCCACUGGUUAGUGUUGUAGAAGAAAAGAUAUUUUGUGUUCACGCAGGGCUAUCUCCUUCACUUACUACUCUAGAUCAAAUGCGGGCUAUCGAACGCCGCUGUGAAGUUCCUCACGAGGGGGCUAUGUGCGAUUUACUUUGGUCAGAUCCAGAGGAGAUUGAUGGUUGGGGGUUGUCUCCACGAGGUGCUGGGUACCUCUUUGGUAGUGAUAUUGUUUCGCAAUUCAACGCAAUUAAUAAUUUAGAACUUAUUUGCCGCUCUCAUCAGCUGGUUAUGGAGGGCUACAAGGCUAUGUUUAACGACACAUUGGUGACAGUAUGGUCAGCUCCUAACUAUUGCUACAGAUGUGGCAAUGUUGCUUCUAUACUGGAACUAGAUGAGCAUCUUAAUAAAAAUUUUAAAAUAUUCGAAGCUGCUCCUGAGGAGGCACGUGAAAAUUCGUCGAAGAAUGCAAUCCCAGAGUAUUUUCUGUAG